UCAGCGUUCAGUCCUGGGGAGGUAGGUACCGAGAGAGCUCAUCCAGUUUCCAGUUUCCAGUCACUUUCUAUAGGAGGACAAAGCAACUUCGCUUUUCUGUAGGAUCGGGACGUUCACUGAGGUACUCAACAGUUUUCAUAGUUUCCUUCCAGAAGCUAUUUGCUGGAAUAUACAACCCAGGUAGAUUCCCAACGCUUCCAGCGCAACGAACUUUACUUUUCGAAAACAAAAGGAUAUCCGUCAUCCACCCUCACACAAUGCCCGCCGUUCCAGCCGAAGUAACCUCCCUGCUCUCAGACUUCCAGUCAAGUCUGGAAGUCUUCAAGGGACAGCUCAAGAAUGCCUUUGCGACUCUGGACCUUACGACGGUAGCGGCCAUCCUCCUCGUGGUAGCGGGAGCCAUCAUCGUCUACGAUCUCCUGGUGUACGCCCUCGCCUCCUCAUCUACUUCCAGGUCCAUGAUGGUGACGCCCUUCCUCGCUAAGAUCGCGUCGGAGGCCUGGCAGAGGAGGGAUGAGCUCGGAUUCUCCAAUCUGAUCGAUUCCAGGUCAGUGGAAGACUUCCCAGCCAUUCUGGAGGCGCUCACUCUGGCAGCAGACAAGUACGAAAAAGAAGAGACGGACUUGCAAAGCGAAGACAAGAAGAAGAAGGAAUAAGCUGGAAGAAUGAAAGAAAGAGAGAGAGAGAGAGAGAGAGAGAGAGAGAGUCUUAAAUAUGAACUGUACUCACUAAUAUUAUUUCUUCGGGAGAAUACAAGAAGUUCUUCGGUUAGCUAUGUGGUUUUCAACAACUCUGGGUAGCUUUUACGGAUUAGCUGAGCGGGAAGGUUUGUCCGGAAUAUCUUUGGAGGAAUUAUGUGGACGAUGGCAGGCUGCUUCAGGAGCAAGAGCAACUGCUGGCAUAAGGCCAGCUUACUCUAAAGAGUAUAUAAAUAUUGAAAAUGCAAGUUCACUAUUUUUGAGGAACUCAAUGUACUUGUUUUUUUUUUCUUUUUUUAGCUAGCUUGCCUCCCUGGGUGCACUCUCCGGAAUGUAAUGUUUGCAUGAAAAGUAUUUAAUAUUCCCUAGGCUCCUCGUUCGUGGUUCUCUAUUUAUAUAGCAUUGUAAUGAGCCCUUUUUUUCUUAGGAUAACAGUACAUCACAUGGUGUGUAUUAUCAAUAUAAUCCUUAUUCCACUUAGUGAAUUUUGUCCAGCAUGUUAUCUAAGAUAAAAUCAAAUUCUUCGUUUCGCUGUUUUCAUGAAAAAUAUGAGAAGGAAAUUAUAAAUAAUUUCUGAGCAUAUUUAUGAUAUAACCAGUAAUUACGUUGAUCUCUUGUUAUCAAAGUCCUUCCUUCUUCCCAAAGUCAAUACCUAUGCAUUCCACAGUCAUUCUUUCAGACUAAACAUUAGUUGAUUUUUGUAAAAAAAAGAUUAGGACGAAUGAAAUAACAGUAUCAUCUAAAAAUAUAUAUGCAUCAAUUUAGAAAAAAAUAAGAGGCAUGUGACAGUCGAAGCAGUGAUUGGUAAUUAUAAAUGACUUUGUUAAGAGCCCCUCUUUAUUUUCAUUUGUAAUAUCAAUUCUCACAAAGUAUAAAAAAUGUUUGCGCCUCUAAUGGUACUGUAAUCAGCUGGGGAUUAAAAUGUGUCUCGGUUGUUACACAAAUUAUGUAUUUUAUGUAUUGUAUGAAAUAUUUAUGUUUUAAAUAAAAUAUUGUUUACAA